CAAUGGCAGUUUUUAAACACAUAUUGAACGUUUAAUAACACUCAGCAUUUUUCGUGAUUUUAUUUACAUUUUUAAUUCAUAUUAUUUCUUGUGCUUAAAAAAUAUUUUCAAUUGAAUUUUACGCAAAAAAGUCCAAAGAAAGUGUAGUAAAAUGUUGAAAAUUGUUUUAUUGUUGGGUGUAUGUUUUGUUAUUCUAGCCACGGGCGAAUGUGGUUUAUCCAACCUUCUUCAUCGUAAAACUACAACCGAACAACCUGAAAUUACAACUGCCGUAGCCAAGGAUGGUGUACCAGCUGGCUAUUAUAAAUCGAACAAUUUACCUGUACUUAAUAAGGGUUGUGAAAUAAGAUUCGAAUGCAAAAAGAAGCUUAAGUCUGCCGAAACCCCCAAACCCUGCACAAAAUUCUGCGUUAAAACUAUAAAUUGUGAGGAUGGUACCAAAAUCAAUGGUACUCCCGGUCAAUGUAUUGAAUUGAAUGAAGAAAUGGUGGCCCAAGAAUACAAUGAUUGUAAAAAGGAUGAAGUGGAGUCCACCACUGUCAAUGUUAUGAAAGUAGCCAUGAUUGAUUUUCCUUGUCAACCAGGUUACUUGCCCGACAGCCGUGGUCGUUGUCGUGAAGUGUGGUAGAAAAUAUUAGUGGCUGACAACAAAACUUUUUCCUCUUAAAAGAAAUUCAAAAUGUGGUGUGUGUGAUAGAAAAGAAAAAUACUCAAUUUUACUAAAGAAUAAAAAUGUUACCUUUUGUUUGAAGUCAAGUCAAAAUGGUGUAAAAUAAA